AUGACCUUGAGAAGCGGCAAAAAAGUUGAAGGGUCCCAACUAGUAGUCCCUAAAGGUAAGAGCGAUGAGCAAAUAGAAAAGGAGUUUAAGGAAGAAGGAGGGGGAAAUUCAAAUCCCAAAAUAAUCUCCGACUCUCUUGUGAAUCAUAAAUCUAAUACUCCACCUUUUCCUAACAAGUUGGGAAAGCCAAGGAAACUAGAGAAGGAGAAAGAGAUUCUGGAGAUGUUUAGAAAAGUGGAGAUAAACAUCCCCCUGUUGAACGCAAUCAAACAAGUACCAAAGUAUGUAAGGUUUCUGAAAGAUUUGUGCACUAAUAAGAGGAGACUAAGGGGUGAUGAAAGAGUGGUGAUGGGAGAAAACGUAUCAGCUAUACUCCAAAGGAAGUUCCCACCCAAGUGUAGGGAUCCAGGUAUGUUCAUGAUCCCAUUUAAGAUGGGAAAUACUACAAUUAAGAAAGCAAUGCUAGAUUUGGGAGCAUCUAUAAAUGUAAUAUCUAAAACUAUUUAUGCUUUCUUAAAUUUUGGGCCAUUAAAAGAAACUAGAAUCAUAAUUCAAUUAGCAGACCGUACUUAUGCUUAUCUGGAUGGGCUAGUUGAAGAUGUCUUAGUGCAGGGUACUUUGUCAAUGAAAUUUGAUAGGAAGACUGUACAUUUUAAUAUUUUUGAUGCCAUGAGGUACCCUAAAGAGUCUAACUCGAUUUUUGCUUUGAGUGUCAUUGACCCACUUGUGAAGGGAGUUUUUGAAUUUGAUGGUAAGAAUGAACAAGAGAUAACUUUGACUAAGCAUCUUGAGUUAGGAGCAACUCUUGAUGUAGAACUAAGUGAUGAACUACGACAUAUGGUUGAAGCAUUACACUCACUUCCAUCUAUUUCUCUAAGAUAUGAGCUUGCUACCCUUUUUACACCAGAAACUCAUCAAAAGUUGUUGUCUUCUAUUGUACAGGCACCAAAGUUGAAGAUCGAACCUCUCCCAAGCCAUUUGAAGUAUGUGUUUUUAGGAGACAAGGAGACGCUACUAGUCAUUAUCUUUGCACACUUGUCACCUAGUCAAGAGGACAAACUGGUUCGACUUAUUCAAGAUUAUAAGAAAGCGAUUGGAUGGACCAUUGCAAAUAUCAAAGGAAUCAGCCCCUCCUUAUGCAUGCACAGGAUUAGGUUAGAAGAGGAUGCAAAACUAGUGAGACAAGCUUAG